GAUGUAAGAGGAACAAUAUACACAACUUUAUACGAUCGUGUUAGUGAGUUCGCUUAUGUUGUUAGGUGUCGAAAUGUCAAUGUAAGAGUCGCGUGCAAAUAGAUGUCUGUUUAUUGUCACAAAAUAAAUUCGAACGGUUCGAUUGCGGUAUGACAUCGUCGAAAGAGUUGACCGUAGCAAGAAAAAGCCUUGUCGCAUCGCUAGGUGAUAACGCAAAACUGUACUUUGAAAAAAUGAAGCUGUGGUUUCAGAUGAAGACAACUAAAGAAGAAUUUGACUGCGAGGCGCGCAACAUUAUGACUGAGGAUCAAGUCCAUUUGCACAAUGAAUUUCUACUCUGCUUGUUCAACAAAGUACAGGGGUUAGCGUCUGUGACAACAGUCCGAACUAACAAACACAAUCAUACAAAUGCUCAUCUUGAUAAAGAAAAAAUGCUAGAGAAAAGGCUGCGAUUGAAACGAAAAUAUAAAACAGACAAAUCAAAUUUUGAACCUGCAGAUGUCUACGUUGAAGUCUUGGGCCAAAGUUCGUCGCUGGUUGGAGACGAACCUAUAGGUGCCAAUCAUUCCAGCGCGCAAGAGCUUUUGCUGCCAGAUCGUACCUUCGUUUUAGCUAGACUAAUGCUUGCUGCAUGGGAGAAUAAUAUGGAUGGAGCUGAAGAAAAUACAGCUCAAAUAAUUAUAGCUGCUACUCAGGUAUUUCUCAAAAAUAUACUCACAGCCGUAAUAACUCGACGGAAAGGUUUCUCGGUGCGAGAAGGAUCAUUUAUUCAUAACAUAGGUGAACCAGUACCCAGUUCAUGGACCAGAAAUACAUCCUACAUAACCAACACGUCAAAUUUUAGUAUGGCUACAAAUAUAGUGGAGCCUGAAGGACAAGUACCUGCAAUGAAGCAAACACUCGAAGAAGCGGAACAAGCAAAUGCAUUUGCAUUGGCAUGUUCAACACAAACUACCUCACCGACUCCCGAUCCUGUUAAUGUGGCUAAUCUUCAACAAGCAUUGAAGAUCCACAAGAAUCUCAUCAACAAUCAUACAAUUUAUGCAACUAAUAUGGAACGUCUACAUACAUAUGCUACGCACCCAACCUGGGAAGAUUUGGAGGCAAGGAAAAUACUGUGUAAAAAUUUAAGAACGUGACAAAAGAAGUAGAAUUUAGAGUAGUGCAAAAUAAUUGUUAACCGUAAGUUGUUCUGUUGUUUUCGUUUGUAAGUUAAUGGCAGAUUUCGAUAGUGGAAGAAUUAUUGGUAAA